AUGAAUGUAAUUUCAUAUCAUAUAAAUUGGUGUACGUUUAAGAAAUUAUGAUUUGUGAUGAAUGAAAUAUAAUUAUGAUUUUAUACAAUAAUAUACUAUAUUGUACUUUAUUUCAAAUAUUAAACGAACCUGUAAUGCAUUCAUAAUAAAUAAGCGAUAAGAAAUAAUAUUUAAAGGGAAGUUUUUGCCUGUUCUUUUUGUGAUAGAAUUAUUAUAAAUAUUUUUUAUUAUUGUUUCAGAAGAUAUCAUUUUUGCAUAUAUUGUGAUUUGUAAAAAUACUAUUUAAAAUGUAAAAUUCCAUACUAUGUAUGAUAUUUUUCAUCAUUACAAAAUUAAAUUUAUUAUAUUUUUAACUUCUUCAAAAAAAGAAAUUUAAAAUCUUGAAAAUUAAAAAAUAAAUGAACAAGAUUAAAAUUUCUUUGUAAAAUAUUACAUAUAUUCGCGAUUCUAUUGAGUUGAGUAAUAGAAGUGGAAACUAUUUUGAAGAUUGUUAAUAUAUAAAAAUCAAAUCUUUAUUAAGUCUUUUUCUUCAACUUUUCUAUUAACUAGAAAACAUUUAUUGAGUAAUCCGGUAGAUAAGGAAUUAAGUUAAAAUCAGCAUUGAUAAAUCAUUAUUUAAUCCUUUGAAUCCAUUAAUAAGAUCAUAUCUUCAUUUUUAAUAAUAAUAAAUCAAUCACAGUUCUAAUAAUAUAUGGCAUAAGAUUAAGUGAAAAAUUUAGCAAAUAAUCAACGAAUGAACAUAAAUUUCCAAUGAAGAAAAAAUAGUUUUUAAUAUAUUAGGGCAACUAUGUUGCAAUCAGUGGAAGAAAAAAAUACUUUAUAAAAUUCUGAUAAUCUCAUCAAAUUUUCAUUACAGACAUGAUGUCCUGUGUAUUGAUGUUCUGUAUUUUUUCUUUCUGUGGAAAUGAAGACUUUGUCUCUUAUUCUUUCGUUGUUAUCUGAUGUUUUACAAAAGGUUUUCUCUUUCGUCUAUCUUUUUAGACAACAUUUGUCCUUGUUGGCAUGGUAAUAAACCUUCUUCACUUUCCUUGCCUAAUCUUCACCUUUCUUUCUUUCUAUAGCAAGAGAAGGAGCAAAAUGGGCUAGAAGAGAAAUAAACAGCCUUGACCGACAAUACAUUCGCCCAUAUAUUUUAACGCUAUUUUAUUAUCAUAUCAUGCUUCUCUCGUAUCGUGCGAAAAAAUUAACCUAUCUCACUUUCAUCAUGUUAAAAUUUAUAUGGAGACCAAUAGAUUUCUCGCGAAUAUACAGGGUGGCCUGCAAUUUGUGAUUCUAUGUAAAAAGAGAAUACAAUUUUUUUUCAUUAAAGUCUUCACUUUCGAAGAAAAUCGUGUUGGAAAAUUUAUCGACUACACUUGAAUUUAGUUAAUUUUAAAUUUGACGGAAGAGGUUGUUCCACGUGUGAAAAUAAAUAAAAAAACGUGGAAUAAAAUUUUCUAUUUCUUGAAUUAUUAUAUCUCGAAUUAUUUGAUGGACGUAUUCAAUUUCAAUUUCAGAUUCGAAAUUUAACUAAGUAUUGGCCAACCACCUUGACAUUUUUUGUAUGCAUAUAUAAGUAAUGGGACAUUUCGACCAAUAAACUUUAACAUUUUUUCAUUGAACAUAUUUCAUGAAAUUAUUUCAUAUAUAUACAUAUAUAUAUAUAUAUAUAUGAUGUGUCUGCAAGGCAAAUAUGAAACUUGCUUCUUUAAUUAAAUUUUCUAAAUGUUAAUAAUAAAAUGUUUGUUGUAAUAUAAGAAAAUUUUUUUUAAUAAAUUAUAUGACAAAAUUAUAGGAAUUUUCAAUUUGGUUUACGUUGCAUAUUUAGCGAAAUUAACUGCAUUUUCGAUUUUUUCAUAUUAUCGAAAAUCAUUCACUGACAAUCAGUUGAACUAUUUCAUUGACCUAAACAAUUCAUAUAAUAUAUCAAGCACAUAAUGUGUAAUAAAAUUGAGCUUGAACUGAUGUCAUUGAAUAGUUAGAAACACAAAAAUUUGUUUUUUAUUAUUUAAUUUUGGAAUUUUAAAUUCAAUUGAAUUUCAUUACGAAUUUCUAUUAGAAAAAAAUAUAAAAUACGAAAUAAAAUUAAACAAUUUAAAUUCUCGUGAUGUAAUACAAAUUAUUAUACCAUGGUCACCUAUGGUUCCACAAUAUCAUUAAUAAUUAUUAACAUUUAAUAAUCUUGCUUAAUUCCCAUUGGAUAAACUAUAUGAAUAUAUAUUGAAUAUAUAAUUACAAAUAUAAAUUAAAUACAUUAAAUAUAUAAUUUUAUAAAUAGAAAUAUAUUUUUUAAUUCAAAUAUAUAUCUAUUUUUUGUAUGGUUUAAAGCCAUAAGUUUAAAACUAUUUUUGUUAUGUAGUCAUUUUUGAUGAAAGAAGAUUCAAGAAUGAGAAGGUUAUUAUAUAACAUUUCCAAUCAUGACAUCUGAUAUUUUGGCGAUUAUUGAAAUUAAAUGACCAAUAAGAUUUGGCAUAGUAAUGAAAAUUUUAAACAUUUUAAUGCACACUUUGUAAUCAAAUCUUUUAUUAUAAUUUAAUCUUAUCAUUUCAUUUACAUAUAAUCAUGUGUGUACAUAUAUGUUUUACUAUUAAAUUUUAUAAUAAUAUUUAGUUAUAAUAUAUUGUAUACAUUUACGACUUAUUAAUAUUAAUAAUAUGUAACUUAUUAAUAUUAAUAAUAUAUAUAAUAUGUAUAUAUAACAUUUAUAUAUAAUAAUAUGUAUAUAUAACAUUUAUAUAUUUAUUAAUAAAUCAUAUAUACAUAUAUACUAUUGUGCAACAUAUAUAUAUAUAAUAAUUAUAAUACAAUAUAAUUUUAUAAUUCUAUAUAUAUAAUUAAUAUAUUAUUACAUUGCUAUUGUACAUAUAAUUUAAAUAAUUCUCAUUGCUCAGAAGUUAGACAAGACAAUGAAGUUAAACAUAUUUUACACAUGAUCUUAUUAUGCUAUAAAUAGUCAAAAGAUACAAUAAUAUACGUAGUUACACAAGCGAUCGAUUUAGGUAACGUGGAAAUGUCAAAUUUAUGAAUAAAUUUUGUAGACUCCUCUUUUCUUCUCCAACGAGUCCUUGUUAGAGUGAGUCUGUCUCUUUCUUCUUCAUGCUUAAUCACUCUUUUUCUCCUUGUCCAUCUUCAAACUGUAGCCUCUUCUUUUUUCGAAUAUUCGGGGAAAGUAGUGUCCAGAGUUUCGUAUAAAAGCUCAUUCACGUUACACAGGUAUCACAUUCGGAAACAUAGUUUUCGCUCCAUUGGAUUUGCCACUGGUGGAUAACUGCCUACAGUCGUUUAAAAUGAAAUUUCUCGUGAGUUCUUCUUUUCACAUUUCUUUUCUUUGUAAUCACAUAUCACUAUGAGAAUUUACAAAAAUUGAAGAUCUAAGAUCAUCUAAGUUCAUUUUGCAUUUUUUCUAAUAGAGAUUUUUAUAGUUUGAAGGCUUCGAUGUUUUCAAAUGCCUUCGAAAAUUAUGAUCGAAAAUUUUUUUACCAAUAAAAUUAAUGUAAUACCAAUAUUAGACUAGUAAUAUUUGAUUUAAUAUUAAUUCCGGACUAAAAUUUUUAUAACUAAUUAAUAUUACUGAGAAUAUGAUUCAAAAAAAUAGAACUUUAUUUUUUUUAUAUUUAGACCGCAGUCUAGUAAUAAUACUAAAUCAAAUAAUGUAAAAUGUAAAUUUUCAUAGUUUCUAAUUUCCAAUGAUACCAAUUAGGGGUGAAUUUUUCUAUUUUUUUUCGGCCAUUUUCGACGUACUUGUAUUUCUUUGAAAUUAAACAGUGUCUCAAAUCUAAACGAAAUACAUACGAAAAAUCUAAACGAUAAUAAACGAAAGCAAUUCUCAUUAUAUGAUUUUUUGAUUAACUUUUACGUCGAACAUUUUAAAUUCUUCGUAUUUGCAAAAUUGAGGGCAACAUUGAAAUAUAAAAAAUUCAAUAGUUAAUUAUCCAAAGUCUUAUUUUUAUUUUGUCGACACUUGAAACUAAGAGUGACUUUAGAAUUUGAUAACGAAGUAUCAAUUUUGUGCAAAUUUCAGUGAUUGUGUAACUCGAUAAUGUUUCAUUUGUAAAUAUUGUAUUUAUAAAUGCAUUUGUGAGAGUUUGGUAAUUUCAAUGGUGAGUGAUGUCUUGUUGAAAAAGAAUUUUUUUUAUUUGGAAAACGGGACUCAUCGCCGAUUUCAAUGACCUUAAAAUAUGUUGAGAUCAUCGUUCUAAAAACAACUUUCCCUUAUACUUUGACACUUUUACGUUCAGCCUUAGUUCCCGAGAUAUAUGUAGAAAACCUUCGGCGAAAUUUCCAAAAUCAUAUCAUUUUUUCAAAGAUAAGUGAACUUCUUUGUGAUUCGACAUCGAUUUGUAAAAAUCAUUUCGAGAAGAGUAAUAAAAUCAUUUGGAAAUGUCUGAAUCUUCGAUGAAAAAUAUAUUAUUGUUGAGAAGAUUAAAUAAAAUAUAGUAUAAUGUAUUAUUAUUAUUAAAGUUCAUUGAAAUUAUGGUUAAAUUAAUAUUAAAGAUUAAAUUAUAUUACUAUUAAAGGUUAAAUAAAAUUGUUUUUUAUUAUUUAAGUUUUUUUUAUUUUUCAGUAAAAAAUACCAAAUUUCAGUAGAAAUUGAAAAAAAAUUAGAAAUGUAAAGAAUUUAUAAACAAAAAUCUGUUGCUCCUCACCAAAUUUCAUGUGUCUAUAAUUCACAAAUUCAUGGCAUUAAAUUCAUAUAUCAUCAUGUAUAUACAUACAGGCAAAUGUGUAUCAAUUUUUAAAAUAAUUUUUAAAAUAAUUUUAUAUCUAUAAUCUUCUCUCUUUUAUAUAAUAUUAUAAUCAAGUUAUGCUAUUUACAUCUAUGAAAUUUUAUUUUAUAUUUACAUUUAUAAAUUGAUGUUAAAAAUUUUUAUACUGGUCUGACAUAAAUAUAGUGUAUAAGUUUUUAGUUAAAUAAUAUAAAUUUUUCAUGAAGCUAAUUCUGCAUUAUGUAUUAAUACUUAAUGUUAGUAUGUUACAAAGUUCAUCACAUACAUAAGAUAUACAUACUAUAUAAUACAUAAGAUAGAUACAACGUAUAAUAUAUAUAAAUAAAUCGUAAUAUAAUAACUAUAUAUUUAUAUUUACAAAUUAUUUCAUGAACAAUAUUAUACUUAAUAUUAAUAAUUUAUGAAUUACAUAAUUAAUUAAAAAAUUUUAUGUUAGUUCAGCAUCUGUUAACUUUUCAAUUAAAUAAUAUAAAUUUUUUACGUAUCAAUACACACAUAACGUAAUCACGAGCAAUAUUAUCCAUAUUUAUAAAUUUAUACUUAAAUAUCAAUAUAUUACAAAGUUAAUAUACUAUCUGUGAUUGGAAUAUAGUUUCAUUCACAAACAUAUGAUAAGAUAGAAUUCUUAUAACAUAUUAACAUAUGAUAAGAUAGAAUUCUUCUCUUAUCUAUAUGAUAAGAUAGAAAUACCUAGUAAUAUUUAUAUUUGUAAAUUAUUCCAUAAGUAAUAUUGUAUUUACAACUAAUAUGUUGCACAUUUGUUUCAGGUGGUAAUGUUCUUAGCCGCGGCCUCGGCUGACGUGCUUCGUCAACCAACUAUCCUCAAACAGUCGCAAGAUAUUUCUUCCGACGGGUCCUAUUCUUACUCUUACGAGACAGAAAAUGGGAUAUAUCACUCUGAAAGUGGUACUCCGGUAGCUACAGAUGCAAGGAGCGCACCUGUUAUCGUUACCAAUGGACAGUACCAAUAUACAUCCCCCGAUGGUACACCAAUCAGAGUGGCAUACGUUGCCGAUCACAAUGGAUUCCAACCGCAGGGCGAGCACAUUCCAGCUGUUCCCGUGUUAAUUCAAAGAGCCCUCGAGUACAUAAGAACGCACCCACCACAACCGGAACAAUAAAAAAUCUUUGAAUUCCACUUUAGCUUUGGCAUUCACUUUCCUCUUCGCAUUGCCAAGUAAAAUUGUAAUUUGUACAUAACAGACAUACGACAAUGAAAUAAACGUUUAUUGAAAAAA